CUUUUCUCUCUCUUGCUCAUUGUUGUUUCCUCCCUCUCUCCUUUACAGUCACAAACCUCCAAACCCUCCAGCCAACAAACAAAUGCUCCCUCUCACUUUGUCUUGAUUAUCUCCUUCCUUCCCUUCCCGCAACUCACCCACCCAGCCUCUCUUCUUCGUCUUUUUAUACUUUCAAGUUCUUCUUUGUUUUCCAUUUCAGUUUUUGUUUUCUUUUUUGGGAACUUAGUUACGAUGCUGGAUCUUAACUUGAGUGUUAUUCUGGGUGGUGAUGAUUCAGUUGGGAUGGCGGGAGAGGCGCUUCCAGACUUUUCUGGUUAUAAUAAUAAGCAAAUGGAAAGUUCCGGGAGCUUCGAUUCUUCCAUCGUCAACGCCGACACUACCACCACUACCGGCGACGAUGACUCAUCCUCUAACGCCGCUGCCGCCGACACGUUCGCUUACUCCUUCGGCAUCCUGAAAACCACCGAGGAAACGGAGAACAACCACAGGACCAUCCCGCUUUUCCCGGUCAACGUCGAGGGAGGUGGCGGGAAGUCAACGGGAUCGUCGCAGAAGGAAUGGCUGGAUCUCGGUAAGUCCCGGGAAGCUUCGGAGCAACACUGUGGAGCCGCGGAGCGGAGGCUCGUAGCUCAGCAACAACAGCAGGUUCAGUUAAAGCCGCAAGUGAAGAAGAGUCGACGUGGGCCCCGCUCCAGAAGUUCUCAAUAUCGUGGCGUCACGUUUUAUCGUAGAACCGGGCGAUGGGAGUCUCAUAUUUGGGAUUGUGGGAAACAAGUGUACUUGGGGGGUUUUGACACAGCGCAUGCUGCAGCAAGGGCAUAUGAUCGAGCAGCGAUCAAGUUCCGUGGAAUUGAUGCGGAUAUUAAUUUUAAUGUUACUGAUUAUGAAGAAGAUAUUAAGCAGAUGAGUAAUUUUACCAAGGAAGAAUUUGUGCAUAUCCUGCGAAGGCAGAGCACUGGUUUUUCAAGAGGAAGUUCCAAAUACAGGGGAGUUACAUUGCACAAAUGCGGCCGAUGGGAAGCUCGAAUGGGCCAAUUUCUUGGCAAGAAGUAUAUAUAUCUUGGGCUAUUCGAUAGCGAGAUAGAAGCAGCAAGGGCUUAUGACAAGGCUGCCAUAAAAUGUAAUGGAAGAGAAGCGGUUACCAACUUUGAGGCUAGCACAUAUGAGGGGGAGCUAAUCUCAGGAUCUGAAAAUGGAGGCCGGAAUCAAGGUCUUGACCUGAACUUGGGCAUUGCACCCCCAUACACAUCUGAUCCCCUAAAGGAGAAUAACAAUUCAGACAACUUUGCUUUCCAGCGUGGCUGGGAUGGCCUGCCAGUUGAGACAGGAGCAAGGAUUGACAACUCUGUUCCGGCAACAAUGAGGGUUCAACCUAGUCUUGGCCAGGAAAUGGCAUUCAAGCACCUUCAAAACUGGAAUGGUGCAAAUCCGAGUUUCUUUCCUGUUUAUAGGGAAAGAGCAAUAGAGAAGAGGAUGGAAGGAGAUUAUGCACCAAACUGGGCAUGGCAAUUCCAAGGCCUUUAUGGUGGGGCAAAUCCAGUGCCACUCUUCCCUACUGCAGCAUCAUCAGGAUUCUCGUCUUCAACAAUUACUACCCCAUUAGCUGCUGCUGGCCAACUUCGCAUUCCUAACACAACAUUCCUCCACCACCACCAUUUCCCUCCGGCCAUCACAAACCCUAACAUCUCCCAUUUCUACUGCCGGAGCUGAGUAAGGUAGAAUAUGGCCACCAUCUCAUAUCUUCUCUACCGAAUGGAUAGAGUUUGGGUAGGCAAUCAAUGAAAAUAUUAGAAGGGGUUACAGGCUUACUGAAAUUGAUAUAAUGGAAGGCGGUGCAUAAAAGGGCAAAUCAAUUGAUCGAGUUCAUCAUCGCAUGUAAAAGCCUCAUCAAACUGGUGCAUUUGGUUUGAUGAUCAUGAUCAAAAUUUGGGUCGAUUUGAGCCUUGGUUGAAUGGAAUUACUGUUAUAGUUCCAAACCUUUGUUUCCGUCAUCAAUUUUGUGGCCGGCAAGAUAUUUUCAGGCUUUAGAGUACAGUAGGCAGUGAGGGAAAGGAAGAUGUUAAAGGCCCUUAGCAUCAUUUGUUUCUCAAUGUUCCGUCCUAACUAAAGGAGAUCGUGAAGGAAACACAUAGUACAAUAAAAAUUCAGUUUUCACAGAAGCUUUGAUGGCAUGAAACCGCCAAUGUUUAUCCAAUCAUAAUCCCCAAAAUGAUAAUAAUUGGUUAAAACUCAACAACCCCAUUAACAAUUUAACCCAGCCUUCAUAUACUUCGGUGAAAAUGGCGUGUUCUUUGUUUAUAUUAAGACAAAGGAUCUAAUCAUGGAUUGUUCCCGCCAGCUGGUCAAGCUGGGGAAAGACAAGAAAAAGGGGAAAUCUCUGACUGAAAAUAUUUACUGGCACUUCAUUUUGGACUUUUGUGAGCCAAAAGUAGUAAAGAAUAAAGAAGAACAACAUAAAUAAGAUUUCCGCAUUCCUCGGCUUUGCUCAAGGAUAGUACACCUGCAACUGCAAAAGGAAAAUGGUAAUCUCUGUAUCAUGAGCAGCGUGAAAAGCCUGGUGUGUAUUAUACCUUUGCAUGUAAAAAUCUAAGAAAUAGUUGGAGUUUGGAAGCUUUGAUUAUUCCAGGCUAUCAAGUUCCGUUUCUCUCCCCUUCCUUAUCCCAGUUCCAGGCUGCUUCUCUCAUCUCUCUCAAAUUUUGUCUGUCAGUCAGGCUUCACAACGGCUCUUCUGUGCCUUCCCUCUUCAUCGUCUUUCUUACUGUGGGUUUGU